CCUGGAUGAGACUUUUUGGAAAGCCUUUUACAGAGAAAGCUCCGGGGAGGCUGGAGUGACCCGGGCGGGCGUGGCUCCUCCUCUCCACCCGUCUCUUCGGCCUGAGCGGAACCUACAUCACAACACUGUCAUCAUGCACAACGAUACAGCUCUGGUUACCAUGGCAGCAAGUGGUUGUACUGUAUUCAAACAAUGCCGCUGUGGACUGGGGGAACGGCAAGAUGUGCGCGGAUGAGAGCGGGCGUGGACGUGUUUCCGGCAGCGGCGGGGGAAGAUGAGGAUUACUCCACACUCAGGAUUGUACCAGCCAAUAGGAUACGAGUGCCUCUCCUCCUCCGCCUCAUCAUCAUCUUCGUUCUCGUCAUCCUCCCGUGUUGGACCACAAGCGGCCCAGCGUGGCAAGCCCGGUGAAGAUGGGCCGCAGGCUAGACUUGUCCGGCCUGACGGACGACGAGGCCGAACAUGUCCUGAAAGUUGUCCAACGGGACAUGAAGCUGAGGAAGAAGGAAGAAGAUCGGCUCAGUGAGAUGAAGCAGGAGCUGGCGGAGGAAGGCAGCAGAUGCUCCAUCCUCUCCAAGCAGCACCGUUUCAACGAGCACUGCUGCAUCCGCUGCUGCGCGCCCUUCACCUUCCUGCUCAACCCCAAACGCGAGUGCCUGGACUGCCAGUACAACGUGUGCAAGACCUGCUGCACGUACAACAAGAAGGACAAAGCCUGGCUGUGCGCCGCGUGCCAGAAGGGCAGGAUUUUGAGGACGCAGUCCCUGGAAUGGUAUUACAACAAUGUGAAAAGACGCUUCAAGAGAUUCGGCAGCGCCAAGGUUUUGAAGACGUUAUAUCGGAAGCACAUUAUAGAGAGAGGAGCGCUAUCUGAUCUCCCAGAAAGCAGCGUCCACGAGGGAAGUUUGGGCAAUGACAAUGAUGGCAGCAUAUGUGGCAGUGACUCUGUCUUCUACAAACAGAGUGAAGGACACAGUAUGGCUGAGACGCUCACGGUCGCCUUGCGCGUUGCUGAGGAAGCCAUAGAGGAAGCCAUUGCCAAGGCAGAAGAGUUCAGUGACAGUUUGGAGAAGCAGAAUGAGGCUCGAUAUCUACGGGACCACAAAGAAGAGCUCAUAGAGGAACUCGCUACAACCAUUGUCCAAAAGAUCAUCCAGAGGAGAAAGCGCUCCGAGAUGCAGACAGAGUAUGACUUUGUCUGGCCUCAGCCUCAGUCUUUGAUUCAGACCAGUGAUCAAGUGUCAUCCUCGCAAGCUCAACCGUCUUCACGAGGAUCUUCGGACCCCCUCAAAGCAUCCUCCACACUCUCGCGCUCACGCUCAGCCUUCUCCCUCACCAGUGACGACUCUCCUGAAAAAGUUCCUCAGAACGAGGUCGUUGGCACGGGCGGCAGCCUACAGGAAUACUCUUCUUUGAAGAGGGAGCCCAAGGCCGCAUCCCUGCCUACCUGGAAGAGUGUCGACCGGCUGGACAAUUCCAGCGCAUCAUCGGUCCUCCAAAGUCCAGACGGCAACUGGAUUGCUCUCCACAGCUCUCAGAUGUCUCGUCCCAGCCUGCUCACCAAGAGGAAAAGUCUGGUGUUCAGCGUCUUGGAAAAGGAGUCCGGCGUUGUCUCGGCCUACGACGAGAUGGGUUCUGACUCCGAGGAGGACGACGACGGAGGCAGCUGGGGCGCGGCCUUGCAGCAGUUCCGCCGCAAGCUGUCCGAUGAGACCUACUACACCGACUCGCAGCAUGACCCCGAGUGGACGUAUACGCAGCACCUGCCCGUGACCUCGCCUUCUUCUGGCCAGUACACCAACACGGAGACUCUCAAUUCUGAUUCGGAAGCAUCCUCGGCGCGGUCCUCGUGUCCUCGGCGACCACCUCAAAACUUGCUUUGGAGGAAAGGACCGUCAGACACGCACCUUCACCCUUACCACGUACCGCUGUACCAGCAGCACCUUCACCAAAACCUCUCCCCGUAUCCGCUUCUCUCAGGGUCUCUCGAUGUGAACUAUAACCCCAAGGUGACGGCGGACAGCAGCGAGGCCGAAGAAAGGCCGCACGAGCAGGUGAGAAGGUCACGGCGACGACGCAAAAGCAAGAGAGAUUCAUCCAACGACAACCGCUCCGGGAGCCAGAUUCAGGACAGUCGCGGUUUUCUUCUGGAUGACCUCCUGAAAAGGGGCUUAAGCGAGGACAAGCCCGUCGCCGACACCGUGCCCAUGAGCACAGCAGCACCAGAUGCCUUCCCAUUAGAUGCCAUCACACCCGAAUCCCACGACUUGGACCAAGCCACCCCGAAUUCAGUGGACCCGAGCAGCCCUUCGGGGCCCCGCCGAGGGUGCUCGGGACCCGUGUCCGGCACAGCCCGCCCUCUGGAGGAAGAACUGCUGACCAGGGUCAGUCAGCUGGUCAGGAGCCGCACCAACAGCAGAGAUCGCAGCUCGUCGGAUGAGGAGUGGCCCCCGCACAAACAGAUGGAGGAAGAAAGCGCCAGAGCAAAGCCGAAAGACACGGAAAGAGAAAAGACGAGGUCAAGCGUCAAAUUAAAAGCAAAAGCGGGCGAACCGGCCCCUCGAUUGAAUGGUCAAGAGAUGACGAGAGGUGAGAGGUCGAUCGAAAGUCCACCGUUGAGUGGGGAAUGCCGAGUGAAGGAGAGGAGGCUCGAGAAGCGAGCGGGGAGUUUGGAGGAGACGCAAUGUGAGAAGGAGCAGAAGAGAGGAGAGCGAAGAAAAAACAAGAGACAGCAUCGGCGAGAUUUGGACAAGGAGAUGUCCGAAUGGAAGAGCGCCUCCAGUGCGUCUGCUGUUACGCCAUCUGCCCAGCAGGCGGUGCUGUCUGACAACCAGCAGAAGUAUUCUGCGGCCUCGCUCUGCAGCAUCACCACAGAGGUGUUGAAGGUUUUGAACGCCACCGAGGAGCUGAUCAGCGAGGCAGGAGGGGACGGCUCCACGCCUUCGGAGCCUCAAAGCACGACCGCCUUCUCCAGCAGCUCUGAGACUCACAAACUGGACCAGAGGCUCACCAAGAUGGAGGAGAAUGUUUACCUGGCUGCUGGUGCUGUGUAUGGCCUGGAGGGGGCUCUGGGGGACUUGGAGCAGUGUGCCCGCAAUAUCAGUAGUGAGACCACGGACACUGAACUGGCAUUCCUGGAAGACCAAGUGGCGACUGCUGCUGCUCAGGUCCAGCAAUCUGAAAUGCAGAUAUCCAACAUUGAGGCCAGGAUAUCGGCUCUUAAAACCGCAGGGUUGAAAGUGACCGUUUGCAAUCAUUUCUCCAAGUUCAAGCCAACGGCAAAGCCGCAAACCCUGGACGCGUCGCGCCAUCAGAGGAGGAAGCUGCCAGCCCCUCCGCUAAAAGAUACCAAAUAAAGAUAAGAUGGAGGCCGAGCCAAUCGAUGGAAGUCUUUCGGCCACAAUGUGGAUGAGGAGCAGCAGCACAAGUCCCUCAGGGCCACACACCAGAGCCCUGUGGACAAGGGCCCCUCCUUGUCCCCUCGCCCCCCACCCCCACCUCCCUCCACUCAUGCAGUGCCUUGACCCAGCGUCCGCCUCCACCUGCCCCGUUGCGGCCCAUAAAGCCCUCAGCCCUUUCACGCCAUUGACGGGAUACGUAGAGCAAAGAUGAGUGGACAGUCUCUGCCUUAAAACCCCUCCAAAACCAAUCUGUGUACAAAUUGUAAGACUUGAAUAUCGACCAUGAUUAGGAUGUCCAAUGAAGUCAUAGGCUAUUGAUUAUGAGACGCUUAUCCAUACCAGAUGUUAAUUCCCAUUCAGGAGGACGGUUGUCGUUUGACGCUCAUUUGGGACUGCUGGGAUUUAAGACAUGUCUCAUUUGGAGUUGACCAAGUUGGACGUCGAAGCAAUUUUGUCAGACGAAUGACCCCAACACUCCCAAGUAUCAACAAUAAAUGUCGAUAAAUAUAUUUGACAUCUUAUUUUUUGUGGUUCCUCACUAUUAGGAAAAGAUAUAGAACUGUGUCCUGCCACAAGUAGUGAAAAUUUGCGGUUGAUUGACCCCCCCCCCCAUUCCCCCAUCUGAAUGGUGCUCCUCCAUUCACUUCAACACUGUUCGGCGGCACCGAGACCAACAUAUAGUUGAUUGUCUUUCGAAUACACUUUUCCAAGUUGGAGGUUGAACUUUUCUGAGUUAACAGCCGUCUGGCACAAGAUUGCCAUUCCGCAAAAAUUGACCGGUGGCUGAGUUUUUGUUGUUUUGAUACUUUUCUGCUCUCUUUUUGAACUUUGGACAAGAGCUCGAGCCAGCAACUGACAAGCUUAGCAUCGAUGCCGCCUCUGACAAUUAGCGCAUUAUUGAGCCAUCAUUCUGGUUUUCGAUAUGUUUUUAAAACCAUCCAUUCUUUCUUCUUGUUGCCGAGUGUCUAUUCAUGUGACGGCUACAUUUCCUCAUCUAACUUUGGACGAGAAUGCAAAUGAAAGUCUUAUUCAACAACACUCAAGCGGCCGCCGCAACACACAAGAUUCAAAUGAGAAUUGAUUUUUGAAGGCACACAUCAACACGAUCAUGUGAAUGAAUCCAACAUCAACGUUUCAGCUUUAAAGUGAAAGCGAAGCACGAGCCGCCCCCUUGGGUGCAGUAUUCUCUUCUUCUCUUCUCCUUUUUCUCUCUUACUCUCCAAAUGAACAACCUAUUGUUUGAGCAACAGAGCUCUUCCUGUCCAGACCUCGGUGCCACAUACAAGAUUUUAACGGGCUGGUUUUGUCAGCGUCAGGAAACCACAGUUUUUUUUGUGACAAGCAAUUUAUUUUUGUACUUAGAACAUUUUUAUGCGAAUGAUCACAAAUGACAAAGCUUUAUUUUAUCCCGAGUGGUUCCUGUGAGACACGACUCGGGUUGCUUUCUGUGUCCGUCCGUCUGCUUUGAAAAUUCUGAUGACGAGGAGAUGAGGCUAACAUGAUUCUUAUUAAAUGUGAGAAUACUGC